GGUUUGCCAGGAAGUCCAGGUGUCAAGGGGGGACCCGGAGGCAAGGGUGAGCCUGGUCCUCGUGGCUUCCAGGGCUCGACGGGGGCUCCCGGACCGCAGGGUGAGCCAGGACCUCCCGGUGAGGCAGGGAUGGAGGGCGUUCCUGGGCCAAAGGGUGACAGAGGGCAGCGUGGACCAGAGGGUCCUCCCGGUCUCCCAGGGAUAGCUGGAUCGAAAGGUGAGCGCGGCCCCACUGGAAUCCCAGGCCCUCAGGGAAUAUCAGGAGUAAAAGGUGAUAAGGGAUUCCAAGGAAAAGUUGGCAGCAAGGGUGACUUUGGUGACCCCGGUGUAGAAGGUCUGGCUGGAGAGAAAGGUGAAAAGGGCUUGUCUGGUGAACCAGGACCUAAAGGCCAGCAAGGUGUUCGUGGAGACCCAGGGUACAAUGGCCCAACAGGGGAUCCUGGCAAGCCAGGGGAACAGGGCCCGUCGGGUCUGCCAGGCCCUAGAGGACUGCACGGGGAGAGGGGUGUGCCAGGGAUGCCAGGACGACCGGGCAUGGCUGGCAGGGACACCAGUGACCAGCACAUCAUCGAAGUGGUGCUAAAGAUGCUGCAAGAGCGGCUGGCAGCAGUGGCAGUGAGCGCCAAGCGGGCUGUCUUGGGGGGUGCAGGUGUUAUGGGGCCCCCAGGCCCCCCAGGCCCCCCAGGGUCACCUGGCGCACAGGGACCUCACGGGCACGUAGGACCCAGAGGGAUACCCGGGAUAACGGGCUCUUCAGGCCAGAUCGGCAACACCGGGCACAAAGGCAAGAAAGGACCAAAGGGUGACAUAGGUGACCCCGGUCGUGCACACCAGGGUAAGCCCGGACCCCCAGGAAUCCCAGGGCCACCUGGCAUUGACGGGUAUGGUCGAGAUGGGAAGCACGGAGAGACCGGGCCGCAGGGCACGGCAGGGGAAGGAGGACGUCCGGGAGCCGUUGGGCCUGCAGGCCUCCCUGGAUUCUGUGAAGCCGCGGCCUGUCUGGCAGCCUCAGCGUACACACCAGCGCGCAUGACUGAGGCCGGAGCCAUCAAGGGACCCUCCAAAUAAACCAGAUAAACCAGGGGGUCACCACCAGCGGCAGAGCACGCGUGAGAGAGGGAGGAAACAGGCUGGCAAAGCACGCAAAAAAACACCAUCGCAAAAGACGGGACAAGAACUGGAGACGAACAUGAAUGCAAAUAAAAACAAUUAAAGAGACUGAAAAACAAUUGAGAGAGAGAGACUGUAAGAACUAUCGGUGCUUUCUUCUAUACAGUGGUCAAUGAUGCUCGGCUUUUUUUUUCCUUCUAAAACAAAAUGGAUUUUUAAAAUGACCAAAGAAAAACGCUCCAGAUCCUUUCUCAAGCUGCCCCUCCUUCACCCGCUAGUUAAAACCAUGUGUAUAAUGAAUAAAUAAAAGAGCAAGCAGAUAUCAUGUUGGUGUUCUGUAAGAUGUGUUAAUAAUUACCUCAUGUGAAAUGCUGCCUUUCUUACUGUUCUUUGGCUCCCCUGCGCUGCCUGUAUAUUACCAGUCUUGUCCUUGUUUUUUUUUUUUUUCCUUAAUUAAUAUUCCUGCUAAGUCAGGCCACUUGAAACUAAAAUGUCGCCAAUCGCCAUCCAAGGAUUCUGUGCUGUAAAUCUUUGUAAAUGUAUGAUUAUUUUAAUAUUAUUAAAAAAAAAAAAAAAGUUUUCAAUAAAAAGGAGACAAGGACGUAAUGUUAAUGAACUUAAUCAGCAUUGUGUUUUAUUAAUAACAGAUUAACCAACAACAACAGUAUGAUGUGACUGCUGUCCACUACAUAAUUGAAAGCCACUAAUAUUAAUAAAGAAAAUUAGUUUUGUUUUUGCAAGGAUCAUCAAUACUGAUUAGCUUCAUUAACAGAAGUUAUUUAUUGUGUGAAAGUUUUUUCUUUUUUUGUUCAAAAUCAAUAAAGAGGACCCUUUUGUAAACA